CAGGGUGUACUGCGACUCCACUUUGGUGCUGGAUAAGAAAUCGAAUGGGCUCUUCCCGCUGGACGGCCUCUGCAAGGGAGCCACGAAGAUCGAGAUAUGGGGGGGCGGCCACUGCGGGUCCUGCUUUAUUGAUGGCAACCAGCUCACCGUGUUGCCUUAUGCGAAGCAGCCCUCUUUGUUGAGUUUGGGCUCGGUGCGCGCGCCACAAAGCUUGCACUUCGACCCCGUGCAGGGCCAGUGGUGCAUCGGAUCCAGCUGCACGGCGCCAGGCACGGGGCCGGUGGCGCCGGUGGGUCUGUCUUCAGAUAGCUUCGACGUGGUCGCGGUGAGCGACUUCGACGGUGAGUUCAAGGGCAAGGGCGUACCCAAGCAGGGCGGAGGAGGGCAGGCGGCGCUGAAGGCGCGGCUGCGGGGCAUCAAGACGCCGAAGCGGCCCAAGGCACCUAAGGCGCCCAAGCUGGAGGGCUUCACUGCCGAGGAUCCCACGUACGCUGCUGAGUGCAUGGACUACAGCCAGCUUUGGACCUCCAUCCAAGAGAGCUACAAGGAUGCCACAGGCGCGGUGAUUCCCCACAUGAACAACUUGGCGGCGGAGCCGGUCUACGACCUGCCAGAGACCAACCCGUGCGCGGUGGCAGCGGCGGUGUCCGGCACACGGGGCAAGAUUGGCGGCGGGGACGGCUCGAGCACGGGUGAGAAGAUGGACUACACGGAGCUUGACGGGUGCGCUGCGCGGGUCAUCACGCGGGGCCUGGAGGCCGCCAAGUUGGACCGGGACGCCGCUGUCUUCGAGACCAUCACCGACGUGGCCUCGGAGUCCGUGGAUCUCCUCUGCGAUGUCCCGCCCAAUGUGGAGACGGCGCCAAUGGGUCUGGGCGCAGAGUUCCAGCCCGAGGACAUUUGUGGGGACUUUAAGGACAUGGCCGAGGCUACGCUGUUGCUGACCAACUUCCACGGGGGCAUCGGCUUCGCCAACAGCGGGCGACUCAGAGUGGAUAUGGUCUCGGCGACUGACCAACUUGAAGUAGCGGCCAACCUUCGCGCGGCAAAAAUGAAGAAUCCUGCAGAAGCUCCAGCAUCCAUUUGUUUCUCACACACUCAUCUGGCCGUUCAAGGCAUUUACGCGGUGGAAGAGGAGGACAACGCGGACUGCGACCCUAUCCAGGCCGGCCUGGACCGGCUCUUCUGUGACGUGCACUGCGUGCGGGACGCGGUGGUACGGGGGGACCGUGCCAUCCUGCGGAACUUGAAGGCCGCCACGGACGUGACCAACAACAACUUGAAGAAGAUGGUGGAGUGGUCUGUGGCCGCGAACCGCGCAGAGACCGGGUGGCUGGCCAGCAAGAUGGACACCAUGGAGGACCGGCUCUCCAUCCGCAUCCAGCUGGUGCAGGAUGCUUUGGCGAGUGCCAACACGGCAGCAUUGGUGGAGGCGAAGCGGCUCAGCCAGUCGAUGCUGAAGGAGCUCUCUGGCUUCGCGGAGGGCGCCGGAAGCAUGCGGCUGCCGAAGAAGACCGCGGCGGAGGCCUUGGGGCGCUUCGCGCGGGAGGCCCAGAAGCUGUCAGGCCCGCUGAACAGCACCAGCUUCCUCACCGCGUCCACGGCGCUGCGGCAGCUGCAGACGCUGCACGCCACGCUCUUGCGGCAGUCGACCACCGGCCGCGUGAAGAGUUUGGGCGCGCAGUUCCAGCACGAGGCGCUGAACCUCCAAGAGUUGGCCCGGAGGCAGCUGAAGACGCUGGGGGUCUACCGCCAGCAUGGCAACGUCACCAGCCGCGCGGUGCGCGCCUGGCAGGCUGAAGGAGGCCGCGGCGCACUGAUGGAGAUGGACCGGCUGUGGUGGGAGCUGCGGGGGAAGCUGGAUGCCUACCUGGAUGCUGCAGAGCAGCAGGUGUCUGCGUUCCAGGCCUCCGCGUCGGCCAUUGCCUCCUAUGAGCACUGCGCGGCUCAGCUGGGCCAGGUGCAGCAGAGCUACGCCCACAGCUUGGCGGCCACACAUCGGGGCCACGCCGCCUUGAGGCGCGCGUGGCGUGAGAGCUUGGUCUUGUUCGGUGAGCUGGGCGCGGUGAUCACGGACGGGGACCUCUUCGGCGCGUUGAUCCGGGCUGAGGGCUGCGGCUCCAAAAGCGCGCGCCAGACUCUGCGCCAGACGCGGUACGCAGUGAAGGCGUUGGGCUUGCUGGCGCAUCGCUUCCAGGUUGGGGGCCUGCCGAAGCCAGACGGCAGUGUGCUGGUGCAAUCUGUGAGGCGCAUCCAGGGCAGUUUUAAGAAAGCUCAUGCCGCAUGCGGCAAGUAGCGCAAGCUCUCAAAGAGCGUGUUUUUUUCAACUCUUGAUAGACAGUUUCAAGUUCUUAAAAAUGUGCGCAGCCCACAAGAGGUGGUACAGGUAUGUUGUCCCUGUCGGCACUGUAGAGGCAGUUUGCUUGGCAGGCGACUUAUGACCAUGGCAGGGUAACAUUGCCAAAGGCGCGGGGUAACACUGACCCUUACGUCGGAAUGUAUCGACCCCGGAAGAAAACA